UUUGUUGAGCCAGGCCUCUGGCCCUUUGCGGAUCAAAUGCACACCUAAUUUCUUCUUCUUCUGUAUUUUUCAUUGAAUUUUUGGCAUGCUUUUUCUUGUGCAAAUGCUUGAUCCACCCUCAUAAAGUAGGGUUAGGAUUUCGUCUAAGUUUCUGCAGAAAUUAAAAAUUCAUCGCGGAUUAACUCUGGUUUUAUUUAAACUGGGGUGUCCUGAGCGGCCUUUUCAGAUCUUUAUUAUCAAUUAGGGUCAGGGUUUUGAUCUGGAACCUUGUGUUUAUGAUCGUGGGGUAGAAUUAAUUUUGCACAAGGGUUUCUGGUUUAAUUGAGAUUAUGGUCUUGAUUUUUCAGAAUGGAAUGAAGGGAAAAUGUUUGAGUUAGGGUUUUGUGAUUUUUUAUGAGAGGAAUUGAGGUUUCCUUUUGGUGAGAUGAGUUAAGGCUUCUUCAUCCAAACAAGAAGGGAGGAAAUUCCUUUGUUGAAUUAGCGAUGCAUGAGCCUCUGUAAUCUGAGUUUCAUUAUCAGAGUAACGGAAGGCCCAAGUGUUCAAUGCUAUAAGAAGGAGAUGGGACCAUAUCGACUGAAUUAGGAUCCAUGGUUCACUGCCCAGAUGAAUUCCUGGCAUUGAAGAGAUUAGGGUUAGAGUUACGAGCUCUUGGUUUUUAUUAUCCCAGUUGGCUAAGCUGGGAACGACAGAAUUGGGAGGUGGGGCAAAUACCCAUAAAGAAGCAAAAGGAGGUGGCCUUAUGGGAGGCCUUAAAGAGGGCGAUUGUAGGGUUUGUGCAGUUGCCGGCAACCUUAGAACUAGGUUUUCAGGGAGUUGGGAGGGUUUCAGCCAUGAAAGUGAGCAUGACCUCGCACUAAUGGUGAGCGAUUUCUUGGAGAAUGGCAGCAGUGGGGCUGACUCUUUAUGCAGCAGUGACAGUGAUUCUGGUUUCGUCGACCUACCUCAGCUUGCCGAGAAAAUUCAUUUUCACAAGCACAAUGUAGAGCAGGCUGAGAGUGAUCUCAUAUCAACCGUCCACAUGCUUUUACUUUCUAUCAAUGAGACAGAUCUGCAGUUUUUUAAAUUUGGUGGCUGCAAUUCCAGUUGUAUCCGGCUGUCCUUGGUGAAGCUCUUGAGGAUGUCUGGUUAUGAUGCUGCUGUAUGUGUAUCCAAAUGGCAGGGUUCCGGCAAAGUUCCAGGGGGUGAUCACGAAUACGUUGACGUGGUGUCUGGUGGGAACCACACGUUGCCUGACCGCAUGAUUAUUGACAUCGACUUCCGAAGCCAUUUUGAGAUUGCGCGUGCAACUAAAACCUACGACACCAUCUUGAAUUCUCUCCCUGUGGUGUAUGUUGGUUCCCUUGCCAGGUUGAAGCACUUCCUCCAAGUGAUGGCAGAGGCUGCAAUGUUCUCUCUUAAGCAGAACUCCAUGCCCCUACCGCCGUGGAGGUCCCUUGCUUAUCUCCAAGCAAAGUGGCACUCCUCGUAUGAGAGGAAACUCGAUUUCAUGGAGAGAAAUAAUCAUGAUUUAUGCCAAGAUCACAAGCAAUGUAUAGGUCAGUUUAGAAGACUGAAGGUUGCUCUCCAAUGUGAGAUUGAGGCCGAGCGUCUAUUGAAGCCUAUAAUGAAUGAUAAUGGCCGGAGAGUGAAGGUCGAGAGGAGGAGGCAGCCCUUCUUUAGGGCCUAAAAGGGUACGAGUUACUAAUUUGAUUACGAUUUAUUCGUUUCAAAAUUAAAUGGUUGUAUAAUUUUUUCUGAUUCCCAUAUCUAAUAAGCCACAAACCUCAAAAAGGAAAAGAGAGGUUUGUUUCAUAGAGAACAAAUAAACACCAUGUUGGGUUUAUAGUUUUGUUUUUUUAACCCAUUUUGUGGUCCGAGUCUGCGGCAAUUCAUUCCCCUUUUUUCCAUCACAUUAUAUUGUGUGAAAGUGGCAUAAGCUGGAGGCCAUGCUGCAUUAUUGCAAGUUGGGCCUCUAUUCUGAUGGUUGCUUGUUGGCUUUAGCUACAUUGUGGGCAAGGGAUUUUGUUCGUUGUGCAUUCUCAAUUUAAAGAUGGAGUAUGUGGUAGUA